CUGUAAAUCUACAAACUCAUGUUACGGUGGUAUUUUAUUUGUGGUUGUGUCAAAACACUUCGUAAAUUUACUAUACUUUGACGAUUUUUAGAAUUAGGGCGUAAUAUUUUUUAAAUUUUGUUUUUGUUUUUGUUUUUUUUAAAUAAUAAUAAUAAAAAUAAUAAAACUUUGAAAAUGUCACUGGAGAUAUCACGUGAUGAAUAAACCGCGCGCUGGAAGAUACGCUGAUGUGCGCCAAAAAUAUCUGUCGACCAACCAACUCCUGUCGGCCGCAGACAACAUCACGCCAUCACCAUCUCAUCUUCCUUGUACUUCUCUGGUCCUCACGCUUCGUAACGUGCUGGGGUUGUCGACUGUUUCUCUCAUUAAUAGUGCUGAAAGUCUUCAAAAACGAGGCACAGUUUCAACCAACAAGCCAUCUCAUUCCUCAUCAGAGUCUGCAUCAGAAUUUGAGUUGUCUGGAUGUAGUGCAUCAGGAUUUUCUAGUGAUUCAACUAUAGACUAUAGUGUCUAUUCAAAUGAUUCGUGGGCAUCCAAUUUUUGCAUUCCUUGGGGGAAAAUGCCUAAUAUUUUAAUGAAAGCUCUGAAGAAACAUGAGAGACUCGCCCAUCACACAGACGGGAAAUGAUCCGUAUAGUAGUGAAUGAAAUAAUGACAUUUUCCACAAAACCUGGGAGAAAACAUCUAAAAAUGAUUGCAUCAAAGAUCGUUAAUGAAUAUCCAGAUUCCUUCCAGGAUAAGCUUGAAGGGGCUGUUGUAGGUCGAGGUUAUGAAUCAGUGCUUGCCCAGUUAGAGUGUCGUGUAGGAAACAUUGGUAGAGUGGGAAAGGUACCUUUAGCAGCUGUUAAAGAUAGUGCAGAAGUCUGCAGUGAUACAUGUUCAUCAAAAACAAAGAAUUGUAAAUAUGGCACUGACUGGCAACCAGAACUACCAGAGGGUGAGGAUGCUUCAACUCAAAAUGCAAAGAUGGAAGAGAUGAAAGAAAUGCAUUUGCAUAAGGACUGGGAAGUUAGUGCUGUCAACAAACUGCUGGAAGAAACUUACCCUACACUUAGAUCCAUCAUAAAUGGAAAUCAUCCUCUCAUGGACAUCAAAGAAGAUUGGCCAUUCCUAUUUGAACCUUUUGGAAUGUUCGCACAUUUCAAUCGCUUAGUUGGGAUUCAUUUGCAGGACAAAAUUAUUCAAGCAUUUGAUUCGCAUGUCCCACGACUGUAUACUUUUUUGUGCACAAAACAGAACGUGAAAAACAUAAGGGUAGCAUUUGCUCAAAUCGAAAAAGCAAAGAAGGCAAAGGGGACCAGCGAACCAGAAGUUCUUGGAAUUCUGUACCUAAUCACUGCAUAUCUUGGAGAGGACAUCACUACGCUUGUUCGAAAUGAAGAAUUGAUUUACUAAUAGGACACAAUUGCUCCAGAUGAAUUUGACACAGAAACCCU